CUUUACUGGACAAGAAAGAGCAUCUACCAUUAUGCAGUCUUCGACAUCGGCGUCAGAGACAACGAAACUGGCCAAGAAAAAGCGAUCAUAGAUGCAGCGUUCAGCGUACUGAAGGAAUUGAGGAACCUGCAGGCGGCUCUCAAGACAAAGUAUCCAAGGCAGCCGAAGCCCGAUCGUGGUUUUAUCGUGGCGAGUUUCUACCUAUGGCCGCGCAGCGCAAUUGUCUCUUUCACAGUAUUCACCGAAAACGUUGUGAAGUUGCCCUUGGACGCCAUCAUUAUCCUGACGCAUCUGAUUGUAGACGAACACGAGGCGGGUCUGCGGUGUGCGAUCUCGGGAGUGGCGCCUUACGAUCUGCCCCACAAUCCUGUAAACAUUUUGGGCAUGGAAGUUCUUAUGACCAAGGUAUCGAGGCAGAAAGAGUGGGCCUUGAACACCACCUUGGCCGUCUCGGUGUCCCUGUGCACGCGCGUCUACAUGCCAGUAAGGAAGACUGGCAUCAACGACCCGUGCGUCGACCACAUGCGCCGCCCCAACACCACGGCCGCCUUCUGCACUGACCCUGUGGGCAUCUACGACUCACCCACCACCAUCAGGUUCGGUCAUGUGACUGUGAAGUCCAUGAGCCGCAGCACACCACCUCUGGUUGCGACAUUUGACUCAAAUGAUACCGUCGGUUACAAGUACUGCAGGCUCAGAAGACAAUUUGUUGACUUUCCCUUCGGUUUGGCCAUAUUCGACUUGGAAUGCGAGGACUGGGAGAAAAUCUGUGACGUUAUGAAUACACCGAUCUUCGGCACCCACAGGUUCGAGGACAUGACCGCGCACUUCUUGGGUUCCAGGAACCGAACCAACCUCCAAACGCCUUGCAAUUGAGGAGAGACCUGCGCGCUACGCUCAUCGAGCUGACGAACUUCGACGUGAUCAUAGUGUGGUGAAUAACCGUCUGUUCGUCGCUGCUGGGCGAGCUCAUACACUAAUCAUAUAGCAUAGCAUAACCAUGUACCAUACGUCCUUGUAACGUACGUGCUUGUCAUACAGUGUGCUGUUCGUUGUUAUUGUGUUAAACUUAUGAAUGUUUGCGCUGAGCA